AUGUCAGGCAGUGGGGCUGUUGCCGAGAGGUGUUCACAGAAUAGCCACAAAUGCUUAGUUCCCUUUCUUUGUCGUUUGGUUCUGGCAGGUGAGAAGCCAGGGACGGAGCAAGAUGAAGUGAAGCUGCAGAAUGCCAGCAAGCAGAUUGUGCAGACUGCUAUCCUCCGAGCAGUGCAGCAAGUUUCCCAGGAGAGCCAGCAAAAGGAGAAGCGAACAAACAGCAGUACGAGCCUCCAGCUAGAAAGAGGAAAAUUAACCAAGAAGCAUGAAAAGAAGUAAAGGAGCGGAUUGUUUUUUUCAAUCCUCCAAUCUGCAGUGUUUUCAGCCUUCUCUUUAGUAUCAGCUGUAUUGCUAGUGCAAUGUUACUGUUGUAAAGCAUACCAAAGUAUAAUCACACCUAGACAUAAGGUAAAGCUGCAAUAGUCCUCAGCUGAGAAAUAUUAAGUGCAUUAGAUGACUAACUCCAUAUUUAUGCAGUGCCUCUUAACAGAAACAAUAACCAUAGCUAUAAAAGUAUUUUCAAGCACAAGCUCUUACAGUAUGGACUUAUUCUGAAAAGCUUGUUGUCAGUGCACUUUCGUGUAAGCUCCGCGUGCAAUGUUUAUGCCAGUUCAGCUGGACGGACUCUUUUCUGAGUUACUGGGUUCACUGAAGCUGUCUUCACCGAAGACUGUUGAGUGUGCCAGAAUGCUUUCAGGCUGCCUUGAAGCAUGACUUUGUACUUUGCUUUGAUUAAACAUGGACUAUGUGAAAUGGCAGUGUAAAGUGGAUUUGGUAAGUUCGGUGAACCGAUUUCUUUUUACAUCUUGGGAAAAAAAAAAAAAGCAAUCCAGUAAGACUGCACUGACUGUGAUCUAUGGCUGUGAUCAUAGACCUAUGAUCUAUGUCUUUUUUUAAAGAAGUUAAAAGAAGUACUGAAGUUUUAGUCUACUUAUUUGAAAUACUUCUCUACUUCUGCAUAAAAAUCACUUGUGCCUCGACUAUUCCUUUUAGUUUUCUUGAUACUGAAGGAAGAGGAACUGAUGUGCUGAUAUGGAGUUUCCCCAGCUUUUCCUUCAGUUUUUGCAAAUUUGCUGGAGAUUGAUUUACAGAAAGCAAAGACUGGCGUGUCUUUAAAAUAAAUAAAUUUAAAAAAAAAGUGGUUUAAUUUAUUAAUAUCUUGAAGGAUGGAGAUACACUGUAUCUGGAUUCUGUCAUGGUAGGUAUUUCCCACCUGCUGGGUGUAAAGUGACUUUAGAUAUUUGCAAUGGUUACAUAGAUUCACCUUAAACAGCACUGCUUUAAGCUGCUAAUACAGAACUUAUCCUUUAACUGCUCUAUAUAGCUGAAGAAAUCCAUGAUGUUUCUGAAAAUACGAAUUAAAUAAAUGUAGCUUUCACUUUUAUGCUCCCUUACUGUAACGAUGAUUGCACUAUUAUACAUCUUAAAUGAAUAACAAUAUAUUUAAUUCUAGAAAUGGCUUGUAGCUCUGCUUCAGCUGAAUUCUUGCAGUAAUACACCUAGAAAUAGAGAGAAGCAGAUGCACAGGAUCUGCAAAGAAGGAGACAAACCUUCAUAAUUGCUUUUCUACUCCGUUAGAUGAUUCUCAAAGAGACUUUGUGGUUUAAGUAAUUGGCUAUUACUUACUGUGUCCUGCUGCUCGUGUUAAGCAGUUUCAGGAUUCUUUCUCAUGGCCGGAGGCUUAGUCAUGAAUAGCGACAUACUGUAAUAUUAAGCCUUUGAAAUCUGCUUCAUUCCAAUUUAUUUUUUUUUAUUUAACAACACUGACUCAUGCCAGACAAUGAUUUAGCUCAAUCUUCUUUCACGCAAAGAUGCAAAGAAUUAUUCAACAUGAUUAAAGUUGUUCUAAAUCAUCUAAUAAUGAAAACUGAAUUGGAUUGCAAGUACACAGUUUGUUCACUUCUAUAGACACUGGGUGUCUAUAGACUCACACAAAGACUGAAAGGUGGAAGUAGUUGGGUCUUGAGGCAUGUGCAUGUCUGUCAUAAUAGUAUUUUUUUUUUUACCAUUAUCUUUUUAUCAGUUGACCUUUGGUUGGGAGCUCUUUUCUAUGCACUUUUUGCAUCUUUGCUUUCUGAGAGCCUAAGAAAACUGAUCAUGAGCAAAGGCUCAGUUUUAAGGCUGAUAGGCAGGAAAGUCUAGUGGAUGAGGGAGAGCAAGCCUGUUGGAGAGAUUCAGUGGUGCAAAAUGGUGUUUACCAUGGACUCACCUACAGUGCUGUAGGAAGCAGAGCUAUAGGACAGCAAAAUCCCCAUUUCUUUGGGAAUAUUCUAUAUUUUUAAUGCUUUUUGUCCCCCAAAAUUUGCAGUAUGUCUUUUUUUUUUUUAUGUUGCUGGUAAUUAUUUUAAUAAUCUUCCUGUCAUUUGGAAACUGGUUUACAUGUCCAAUUUUUCUCUUUAAAUCAUCAUGUUAGAAAAAGAGGAAUUACAAAAGCCAGUGAAUCCAGGCUUUUGCCACUUCUUCAUACGAGCCUAUUCCACUCCUCCUCCCACUAUGCUCUUCUACAAUAUGCCUUUACUGUCCUACCCCUUUUAGACAUGCUAUUACUCAACCAUUAAAUCGUCUAUAAAUUUCAGUGCUGUCAGAAGUCUAAUAUCUUGGAAAGAUAAAAGUGAUAGGAAGCCUAACAGAGCCGUGAGGAAGUUUUCUAAGGUCUCCUAUUAAGGAAAAACAAAUACUGUAGCUUAAAUAGUGUAGUUUUCUCUGAUAGGCAAAUAAUGCAUCUCCUAUCUAUAGUAUAUAUCCCUAAAUUAGGGCAUGCGUUUAGUAUCUCCUAUUGACAAAGGGUGUUCUGCACACCACUUGCAUCCAGGAUAUGUAGCUGAGAUCUGUACCGCAUGUGAGAGAACUGCACAAAAGAAAACUUCACCCUUGGCUUUUUAUAUGCUUACUAUGUGGUGAAAGCGGGUAUUUUUGGUAUCUUCACUGACAGAUUAUAUUUUCUGGAGAAAAUACAGACUAUAGAAAUUAUUACAGAUGUGAUGCAAG